AUGCCGGGCGGGUGGCUCAGCCCCUUCCUCUCGCCCCGCCUCUUGCGUCUCGCGCCCAGUUCCGCGCAUGCGCCGGCGCUGGGGCUCUGCCGCAUUCACGAGCGAGUGCAGGUGUGCGGAUCGGACGGACCUUGGUUUCUGCUUUUGCGUCUGCGUGAGGAUGGAGGCGGCGAGGAAGUUUUCGGGCUCUGGUCCUACGCCCGCUUCUACCUGGAGAAGUGUGACAGCGAAGGCGAGGUCCGGGGAGAGGGCAAGUUACAGCAGAGGAAGCCCUGGGCUUGGCGCCGGUCCUUGCCUGCUGACAGUGUCCCCCGGAAGAGGGCUGCCCCCAGAGGACUGUUCCUGGAGGUUCCCCGAGGGGAUGGACAGGAACAGGACGGCUGGAGGACCGCACCACGCUGGGCUGGUAGAUGUUUCUGCAGGAAGCGCCUGCUUCUCCAUUCCAUCACGGGACUGCUCUGCCUGGUACCUGGGGAGCUGCUGUGCCCUGCUCCCCGAGUGCCCUGCUCCCCGAGUGCCCUGCCCCCCGAGUGCCCUGCCCCCGUGUGCCCUGCUCCCCGAGUGCACUGCUCCCCAUGUGCGCUGCUCCCCGUGUGCCCUGCCCCCCGUGUGCGCUGCUCCCCGUGUGCGCUGCUCCCCGUGAGGGUGGUGUGUGCGUGUGGCUACCCGCGGGAGCGGCAUCUGGAGGAGGCCACCAGGCCCCACGCCUUCCAGGGCAAGGAGUGGGACCCCAAGAAGCACGUCCAGGAGAUGCCCACGGACGCCUUCGGGGACAUCGUCUUCACGGGCCUGGGCCAGAAGGCGGGGAAGUACGUGCGCGUCUCCCAGGACACGCCCUCCAGCCUCAUCUACCACCUCAUGACCCAGCACUGGGGCCUGGACGACCCCAACCUCCUCAUCUCAGUGACCGGAGGCGCCAAGAACUUCAACAUGAAGCUCAGGCUGAAGAGCAUCUUCCGGAGAGGCCUGGUCAAGGUGGCCCAGACCACAGGGGCCUGGAUCAUCACGGGGGGCUCCCACGCGGGCGUGAUGAAGCAGGUGGGCGAGGCGGUGCGGGACUUCAGCCUGAGCAGCAGCUACAAGGACGGGGGCGUCACCACCAUCGGCGUGGCCACCUGGGGCACCAUCCACAACCGCGAGGGCCUGGUCCACCCCACGGGCGGCUUUCCCGCUGAGUACCUGCUGGACGAGGAAGGCCAGGGGAACCUGACCUGCCUGGACAGCAACCACUCCCACUUCAUCCUGGUGGACGACGGGACGCACGGCCAGUACGGGGUGGAGAUCCCUCUGAGGACCAAGCUGGAGAAGUUCAUAUCAGAGCAGACGAAGGAGCGCGGAGGCGUGGCCAUCAAGAUCCCCAUUGUGUGCGUGGUGCUGGAGGGCGGCCCGGGCACGCUGCACACCAUCUACAACGCCAUCACCAACGGCACGCCCUGCGUGGUGGUGGAGGGCUCCGGCCGCGUGGCCGACGUCAUCGCACAGGUAGCCAACCUGCCCGUCUCCCAGAUCACCAUCUCCCUGAUCCAGCAGAAGCUCGGCGUGUUCUUCCAGGAGAUGUUUGAGACCUUCACCGAGAGCAGCAUUGUUGAGUGGACCAAAAAGAUUCAAGACAUCGUCCGGAGGCGGCAGCUGCUGACCGUCUUCCGGGAAGGGAAGGAUGGCCAGCAGGACGUGGACGUGGCCAUCCUGCAGGCCCUGCUGAAAGCCUCGCGGAGCCAGGACCACUUCGGCCACGAGAACUGGGACCACCAGCUGAAGCUGGCGGUGGCGUGGAACCGCGUGGACAUCGCCCGCAGCGAGAUCUUCACGGACGAGUGGCAGUGGAAGCCCUCCGACCUGCACCCCACCAUGACGGCCGCCCUCAUCUCCAACAAGCCGGAGUUUGUGAAGCUCUUCCUGGAGAACGGGGUGCGGCUGAAGGAGUUCGUCACGUGGGACACGCUGCUCUACCUCUACGCCAACCUGGAGCCCUCCUGCCUGUUCCACUACAAGCUGCACAAGGUGCUGCUGGAGGAGCCGGAGCGGCCGGCCUGCGCGCCCCGCCCGGCCCGCGUGCACAUGCACCACGUGGCCCAGGUGCUGCGCGAGCUGCUGGGGGAGGCGGCCGGCCUGCCGGUGGCCGGGACCCGGUGGGACUUGGACUGCCGCCCGCAGGUGCAGGGCGUGAGCCUCCGGUCCCUCUACAAGCGCCCGGCCGGCCAGGUGGCCUUCACCAUGGACCCGAUCCGCGACCUCCUCAUCUGGACCAUUGUGCAGAGCCGGCGGGAGCUGGCGGGGAUCAUCUGGGCCCAGAGCCAGGACUGCACUGCGGCCGCGCUGGCGUGCAGCAAGAUCCUGAAGGAGCUGUCGAAGGAGGAGGAGGACACGGACAGCUCCGAGGAGAUGCUGGCGCUGGCGGAGGAAUUUGAACACAGAGCCAUCGGCGUCUUCACCGAGUGCUACCGGAAGGACGAGGAGAGGGCUCAGAAGCUGCUGGUCCGAGUGUCGGAGGCCUGGGGGAAGACCACCUGCCUGCAGCUGGCCCUGGAGGCCAAGGACAUGAAGUUCGUGUCUCAGGGGGGCGUCCAGGCCUUCCUGACCAAGGUGUGGUGGGGUCAGCUGUGUGUGGACAAUGGGCUGUGGCGGGUCAUCCUGUGCAUGCUGGCCUUCCCGCUCCUCUUCACGGGCCUUGUCUCCUUCAGGGAGAAGAGGCUGCAGGCCGUGGGCAGCCCGGCCCGCAUCCGCGCCUUCUUCAACGCGCCGGUGGUCAUCUUCCACCUGAACACCCUGUCCUACUUCGCCUUCCUCUGCCUCUUUGCCUACGUGCUCAUGGUGGACUUCCAGCCCACACCCUCGAGGUGCGAGUGCCUCAUCUACGUCUGGCUCUUCUCCCUGGUGUGCGAGGAGGCGCGGCAGUAGCUCUUCUAUGACCCCGAUGAGUGUGGGAUCAUGAAGAUGGCGUCCUUGUACUUCAGCGACUUCUGGAACAAGCUGGACGCCGGGGCCAUCCUGCUCUUCAUAGCUGGGCUGACCUGCCGGCUCAUCCCCGCGACGCUGUACCCGGGGCGCGUCAUCCUCUCUCUGGACUUCAUCAUGUUCUGCCUCCGGCUCAUGCACAUUUUCACUGUCAGCAAGACGCUGGGGCCCAAGAUCAUCAUUGUGAAGAGGAUGAUGAAGGACGUCUUCUUCUUCCUCUUCCUCCUGGCCGUGUGGGUGGUGUCCUUCGGGGUGGCCAAGCAGGCCAUCCUCAUCCACAACGAGAGCCGUGUGGACUGGAUCUUCCGAGGGGUUGUGUACCACUCGUACCUCACUAUCUUCGGGCAGAUCCCGGCCUACAUUGAUGGCGUGAAUUUCAACAUGGACCAGUGCAGCCCCAAUGGCACGGACCCCUACAAGCCCAAGUGUCCGGAGAGCGACGCGGCGCGCCAGGCCCCCGCCUUCCCCCAGUGGCUGACGGUCAUCCUGCUCUGCCUCUACCUGCUCUUCGCUAACAUCCUGCUGCUCAAUCUCCUCAUCGCCAUGUUCAACUACACGUUCCAGGAGGUCCAGGAGCACACAGACCAGAUCUGGAAGUUCCAGCGGCACGACCUGAUCGAGGAGUACCAUGGCCGGCCGCCCGCGCCGCCCCCCUUCAUCCUGCUCAACCACCUGCAGCUGCUCAUCAAGAGGCUGGUCCUGAAGAUCCCGGCCAAGCGCCACAAGCAGCUCAAGAACAAGCUGGAGAAGAAUGAGGAGGCAGCCCUGCUCUCGUGGGAGCUGUACCUGAAGGAGAACUACCUGCAGAGCCAGCAGCAGCAGCAGCGCCAGCGGCCGGAGCAGCAGAUGCGGGACAUCGGCAACAAAGUGGACGCCAUGGUGAGCCUGCUGGACAUGGACCAUGUGAAGAGGUCAGGCUCCAUGGAGCAGAGACUGGUCGCCCUGGAGGAGCAGGUGACCCAGACCGCCCGGGCCCUGCAGUGGAUCGUGACCUCACUCAAGGACUCUGGCUUUGGUGCGGCAGUGGAGGCUCCCACUCUGGUGCCGCCGAAGGCCUGCGAGGAGCUGGACGGGGAGCCCGGCGUCAGGAAGAAGGCGGAAGAGCUGGGGGACAGCUACCACGUGCACGCCCGCCACCUCCUCUACCCCAGCUCCCGGGUCUCCCGCUUCCCGGUGCCCAAUGAGAAGGUGCCGUGGGAGACGGAGUUCCCGAUCUACCACCCUCCUUUCCACACGGCUGAGAAGAAGGACGUGGCCCUCGUGGACCCUGUGGGAGACACCCCAGAACCUCUGACCAGGAUCCGCUACAAUGCCCUGGACGGGCUGACGGACCGCCGCAGCUUCCACGGGGCCUACGCGGUCCAGGAGGGGCUCCCGCGGAACCCCAUGGGACGCACGGGGCUGCGGGGGCGCGGCAGCCUCCGCUGGUUUGGACCCAACCACACGCUGCACCCUGUGGUCACCCGGUGGCGGAGGAACCAGGAUGGAGCCAUCUGCAGGAAGAGCAUCAAGAAGAUGCUGGAGGUGCUGGUGGUGAAGCGCCCUGGCUCCGAGCACUGGGCCUUGCCUGGGGGCUCCCGGGAGCCAGGGGAGGCGCUUCCCCGGAAGCUGCGGCAAGUGCUCCGGCAGGAGUUCUGGGAGCCCUUCGAGGCGCUGCUGGCGCAGGGCGCAGAGGUGUACAAAGGGUACAUGGAUGACCCGAGGAACACGGACAACGCCUGGGUUGAGACGGUGGCUGUCAGUGUUCACUUCCGGGACCAGAAUGACUUGGAACUGAAGAGGCUGAACUCGCACCUGCGUGCCCGUGACCUGGAGGUGGCCGUGCGAUGGCAGGUGGUGGACAGGCGCACCCCCCUCUACCCGAGCCACAAGUCCAUCCUGCAGAAGGCCGCCGCCCUGUUCACAGCCCACUACUGACGCGGCGCGACGCUGGGCCGGCCGGGCGGCUCUGUGGGCAGCA